UUAUUAAAGUUGUUAAAAUCAGAAAUUUGACCUAUUAUUGCAUGCCAUUUCUUCCUUUUCUAACUUCUUCAUACACUCAAAUACUACACUACUAUUUCACUCUUCUCCAUUCUCGUAAAAACUCUUUCUCUGUAUUUCCGUUUUCUUUCUUUCUUUCUUUCUUUCUUUCUUUCUUUUUCAAUCACUCAGGAAACAAACAAACAAAAGAUAAUCGAUUAUUUCACCUGAGGAUGACGAAUAAUGAAGGAAAAGUGGUAGAUAGGAGCAGGAUUGUUCCUGUGUCGGUCAUAUUUGUGGUGCUAUGUGGACUUUCUUUCUAUAUGGGUGUACUAUUUGGUUCUGAGAAUGAUAGAUUUGCAACGCUUAUCAGUCAGAGAUCCAUUGAUUUCCGGAAGGAAUCAUCGUCAUCAUCCAUAAGUUCUUUGAAAAUUAACUAUACGAGUUUUCCUGAAUGCGGUAUUGAUUAUCAAGAUUUCACUCCAUGUACAGACCCGAGGAGAUGGAAGAAGUAUGGAUCAUAUCGAUACAUUAUGUUGGAGCGUCAUUGCCCUCCGAUUUUUGAGAGGAAAGAAUGCCUGGUUCCUCCCCCAGAUGGAUACAAACCUCCAAUUAGAUGGCCAAAGAGUAGAGAUGAAUGUUGGUACAGGAAUGUUCCGUAUGACUGGAUUCUUGAGCAGAAGUCCAAUCAACAUUGGUUGAGAAAGGAGGGGGAGAAAUUCUUCUUUCCCGGCGGGGGUACUAUGUUCCCGAAUGGUGUUGGUAAAUAUGUUGAUUUAAUGGAAGAUCUGAUCCCAGAGAUGAAAGAUGGGACAAUUCGAACUGCCAUUGAUACUGGUUGUGGGGUUGCCAGCUGGGGCGGUGACUUGCUGGAUCGUGGGAUUCUUACUGUUUCUCUUGCUCCUAGAGAUAACCAUCAAGCUCAGGUUCAAUUUGCUUUGGAACGUGGUCUCCCUGCAAUUCUUGGUGUCCUUGCUUUACACAGGCUUCCAUUCCCGUCAAACUCCUUUGAUAUAGCUCAUUGCUCCAGAUGUCUCAUUCCAUGGACAGACUUUGGCGGAGUUUAUCUUCUCGAAAUACACCGGAUUCUUCGUCCUGGAGGAUUUUGGGUCUUGUCCGGUCCACCAAUAAACUACGAGCGCAGAUGGCGUGGAUGGGACACAACAAUCGAAGAACAAAAAUCUAACUACGAGAAAUUGACGGACUUGCUGACUUCAUUGUGUUUUAGAUUGUAUAAUAAAAAAGGCGACAUUGCCGUAUGGCAGAAGUCUCUUGAUAGUGUUUGCUAUAAAAACCGGACCAAAGAUACUUAUCCGCCCAAAUGUGAUGACAGCCUCGAAGCAGAUUCAGCAUGGUAUACUCCAAUUCGUACUUGUUUUUUGGUUCCGGAUCCAAAAUUUAAGAAAUUAGGUCUGAAAUCGAUUUCGAAAUGGCCUGAGCGAUUGCAUGCUACACCUGAACGCAUUUCAAUGGUUCAUAGUGGGAGUGCAUUAACAUUCAAAAAUGACAAUAGUAAGUGGAAGAAACACAUUACGCACUACAAGAAGUUAAUACCUGAGCUUGGGACUGACAAGAUAAGAAAUGUCAUGGAUAUGAAUACACUAUAUGGAAGUUUUGCUGCUGCCUUGAUUGAUGAUCCUGUAUGGGUUAUGAAUGUGGUCUCAUCUUAUGCUCCCAAUACGCUCCCUGUGAUUUAUGAUCGAGGCCUAAUUGGAACGUUCCAUGACUGGUGCGAAGCAUUUUCGACGUAUCCUCGGACAUAUGACCUGCUUCAUGUUGCAGGACUCUUCACUGCAGAAAGCCACAGGUGUGAAAUGAAGUAUGUAUUGCUGGAAAUGGAUCGAAUUUUACGACCUGAUGGGUAUGCUAUCAUACGCGAGUCGAGUUACUUUUUUGACGCCAUUACAACCAUUGCCAAGGGUAUACGAUGGGAGUGUCGUAAAGAAGAUACCGAGCAGGGGGGUGACGCGGAGAAGAUAUUGAUAUGCAAGAAAAAGCUAUGGUAUUCAUCUAUCAAAGUUUCAAGAUGACAAACUAAGGCCAGUAAUAGAUUGAUUCAUAUAUUACGAAAUAUAUAUAUUCAUGCAUGAAUCAAUAUAGUUUAUAGAAAACAUUGGGAACCCAAUAAUAUGAUUUAUUACCAUAGAGUUUUCACAUAUAUAGGUAGAGAGGGUGCGAGGAGUUAGACAGAUUUUUACGUCAUUAAUGUAGCUGAAUUGCCUCGUUUUGUCCCUCUUUUUGGAACCAAAGAAAUAGUUCAAUAUCAGUUGAAUGCAGGUGAGGGAAUGAAAGUUUUAAGUCCCAUAGAAAGAGUGUGAUUUCCCUUUGAGUGGUGCCAUUUAAAUAGCAGUGAUAUUAGAAAUAGUUUUGCUGAGAAAUCACUUGUAUUAAUGUUGAUCAUGUUAAAGUACGUGCUUAUCUCUUGUGCUUA